AUGAACGGACAUACAAGCUUUAAAUCACUACCAGUAGGUGUACCAUUUGAAGAUUAUAAACCACCGAAUUGGAAUGAACUUUUCAUGCUUAAAGUUUAUUUAACAGCUGAAAAAUCAAAAGAUCCUCGAACAAAAAUAGGUGCGGUACUUGUACGCGACAGACGUGACCUUGUAUCAGGAUACAAUGGAAUACCUGAAGGAGUUCACGAUUUACCUAAUCGUUUUCAACGACCUAUCAAAUACAUGUAUUUUGAACAUGCUGAGCGUAAUGCAAUAUUUACAGCUGCUCGACACGGAAUACGAACUGACGGUGCAACAUUGUAUGUACAAGCAUUACCUUGUGUAGAUUGUGCACGUGCUAUCAUUCAGAGUGGUAUUAAAAAAAUCUUUGUUCAUGAACAAUUCUAUAAAAUAAGUACAACGAUUAAACGUGAUAAUUGGGUUGGUCAUGAUGAUGUAACCAUGCAAAUGCUUGACGAAGCAAAUGUGGAAUUAGUUAUGUUGAAUCUACCUGAUCUAAAAGUUGAUGCCUAUUUAGACGGACUUGUUUAUCAUUUAGGUUGUUAA